AUGGCUCCUCAAAGGCGCCCACAAUAUACCCAGGAGAACAUCGACCAGCAGUUGCAACAAAUACAUCUUCUCGAUCCUUCCUCGUCUUCCGAGAACCUUGAACAACUCGGACCUAUCAUCAAACAGAUUCAUGCGAACCGUCAGCAGGAAGCAUACCUGCGCAAUCUUCAGGCUCUCAUUGCAACAAAGGACAGCGAGAUCGAGCAGAUAUGCACGGACAACUAUCAAGAAUUCAUCUCCUCCGCUUCGACUCUUUUCACAGUCAAGUCAUAUACUAAUAACCUCAGGGACAAGAUCACGACUUUGGACGCCAGCGUAUCUCAAGUCGGUCGAGGCUUGGUAGAGAAGAAAAGAACUCUACUGCAGUCCAAGAAGACGGCAGCUAAACUUGAUGAAGCAAUUGAUACUCUGCAAGCUUGUUUGAAAGUCCUGGACGUUGUGAAUCGAAUCGGCGAAUUGAUCAAGGAGGGGAAGUACUGGAGUGCCCUGCGGUCGUUGGAAGACAUACAGAGUCUGCCUUCGAAUUCGCUGUCCCAGACGCCAUUCUACCAGCAUCUCUUGUCCUCUCUGCCUUCGCUGCGGAUUCAAAUUCAGAAUGCAGUGACAGCCUCUAUGAAGCAAUGGUUGCUGGAAAUUCGGAAUAUCAGUGGGCUAGUUGGUAAAUUGGCUUUGGAAGCAAUGGACUACCGGACGCGCAAGUGGAGAUCACGUCGAGAUAAAGAUCCCAUGCUGAGAUUGAGCCGUGUUGGAAGCGCAGUGGAAAUGGUGAUCCAAGAGCGGUCCGACACCAAUGUUCUCGACAGCGAGAAAUUAAAGGUUGAUUUCACGCCUCUUUACCAGUGCAUACAUAUCUACACGACGUUGGAUUCAAUUGAUGACCUGCGAAGAUCUUAUCAAGCAGAUCGUAAAGCGCAAUCAGAUCUUAUUCUACCGGAUCCGCUUCCGCUCGCCUCCCUGGUCAGCCUAACUCAGGAAAUAUGCGGAUUUUUUAUUAUAGAAUCGCAUGUUCUUGAGACAACUGGCAACUUCCGCUCUGAGAGGGAGAUCGAGGAGCUAUGGGAAGCGCUAGUUGCACGUCUUUCAUCAGCUGUUAGCGCGUCUUUGGCAAACGAGACUGACCCGGAUUCCUUUUUGAGGGUAAAGGAGUGUCUCAUUGGAUUUGUCACGACGCUGGAGUCUUAUUCGUAUGCCACCCAGUCACUGCAUUCACUCAUCCUUAUGUUGUUCGAGAAAUACGCCGGCCUUCUUGAAGGCCAGUUCAGUCGUAGGUUCGAUGUUAUUUUCCUCCAAGAUGAUCAUCUCCCCAUGCAAGUUACAAUACCGUCAGAAAGAGAUUCUGUGCUCGCAGUCGUAUGGUUGGACCCGUCAGAACAAGACGCUCUCUCAAAAAGCGGUCUCCCUCUCAGUCUGCCAUGGUCGCAAGGUUUCUUCCUGUGCUGCCAAGAUAUCCGAAACUUCAUACAAAAGUUUUAUCACUUUGUUGAUGGAGUAUCACAACAUCAUGGCAAUAUUGAUGAACUAUUGAACAAGUCGUUAGACAAACUACUCGCAAACCAUAUCAGCGACAGCAUUUCCAGGUGCUUGAGUAGCACAUCAACGCUUAGUCAAGUCGUUCAGAUUGUUUCAAAUCUCGAGCAUUUUGAGGUUGCAUGUUCAGAACUGGAACGUUCACUGACGAGUCUCCGGUCAACACAGCGGGGUGGUGCUAUCAGGCUGUCUUCUUCCUCUUCAUUUGCCAACACUGUCACCCAUGCCCUCAACCGCGUGACGGGUCUUAUCACCUCUAAACUAGACGACUUCUUUGAAUUGGCAGAGUACGAUUGGACGCCGCAAUCCCGCGAGGACACACCCAGCAUGUACUUAUAUGAACUUAUCAACUGGCUCACGACAGUUGUGGACUCUCUCGUCAUCAAGGAGAUAUACAAGGAUGAGGCAUACCGAGGAGCAGUUGGAUAUAUCGCCGAGUGCUUGAUGAAUUUCAUGAUCGGGCCUGACGUCCUAGCGAUGAACGAGAAUGCCAUCUCAAAUGUUUUGGUGGAUACAGAGUUCCUAGAAGGGGAAUUAACCCGGAUUGGCCGGGGCCAUCUUAGCUCGGUUUUCGCUGAACUUCGCUCGAUGACGUCGAUCAUAUUAAACGACGCUGUACAAGACUAUUUGGUACCGCAGGUCCGGCAGACAACGUAUUCCCUUGUCCGACCGAAGAGACUCCAGACACUGCUUGAGAAAUUAACCAGGUACGGAUCGAGUCGGCGUAACGCCCAAUCACGGGAAAGAGGGGACAGACGGAGGAAGGAAGCGGAUGCGGUGGGACGGGUAUUUCCUGGAGAGAACCGAUGA